CCUGGACCUGGACUUCCGGGGGUGGUCGGAAGUGAGCGCCGCCAUCUUGUUUCUGUGGUUUUGGAGGAACAGUUGGCCUCCAUCGGGAGCUGCGCUGUUUUGGUCCUCCUGGCCCUUCCGCCCUCCUCCGCGUUGAGUUUGCGUGGGUGAUUCCUGAGAGCAUUGCAGGCUGGAAGUGCAACCUCCUGCCAUGGUGAAGAUCUUCGUGGGAGGAGUCUCCCCUUCUGUCACAGUGGAUGAGCUGAAGAAGCUCUUCGAGCAGUAUGGACAGGUGAACGAGUGCGACAUCCUGAAGAACUUCGCCUUUGUGCACAUGGAGAAGGAGGACGAGGCCCACAAGGCCAUCAGCGAGCUGCACAAGCAGGAGUUCUACGGGGCCCACCUGACGGUAGAGUACGCCACCUCCAAGAUCCGUAACGCCACCAAGAUCUAUGUGGGCAAUGUCUCCAGCAAGGCCACCACAGCCCAGAUCAAGGAGCUCUUUGAGAAGUUUGGCAAGGUGGUGGAGUGUGACAUUGUCAAGAACUACGCCUUUGUCCACAUGGCCAAGGAGAGGGAAGCCAUGGACGCCAUCUUGAACCUCAACGACAUGCCUCUGGAGGACCAGAAGAUCUUUGUAACACUGUCCAAGAGCAACAACUCGCUCAAGACAACCAAGGGGACCUCUGUGCCACCUCCACCACCUGCACUGCCCAGUUACUACUUCCCCAGGGGGCGCAUCCCCCCGCCACCGCCUCCAUACACCCCGUAUGCACCCCGAUCUUGGUAUGACCGGGAAUAUUAUGACCGCUAUGCUUAUGAGCUCUACGACCGGGCGAUGACUGCCAGGACAGCAUACGAGAGGGCCCUGCCACCUCCGCCCUCUACCCCCACCGCCUACAGAGAGAGGAGCCCUGUGGGCAGGCGGACGACUGCUGCGGUGGCCCAGUAUACUGAUCCCUAUGCUGCCGCGGCUGCUGCCCAGACAUACAGUCAAGUGUACAACCAAACGGGUUAUGCAGCAGUGGCGGCUGCAGCCGCAGCCGCAGCUACCUACUCCCAGUACAGCAUGGGUGCCACCUACAGUGCAGGGGAGUACUAUGAGAAAUACAGCAACGGCUAUGCCACUCAGUAUGCCCAGACGUACUAAUCUUACUGUGCUCGUAGUACCCGGUGCUCGGAGGCGUAAGGGGGAAAGGGAUCUCGGCUGCAAAGGUGCAGGCAGAGCUGAUUCAAGACAGCGCAAUGCCUUUAACCACCACCCUGCUGAAGGAAGCGUGAAGCCUCCACUACAAGCUUGAGUGAAUAUACCACUCCCCUUGUCCCCGACCUGCGCUUCUUCCUCUUCUGGUGCUCUCGGGUUAGCUAUUUGGCAGUCCAGAGGGCACCCUCUGGUGAGAGCGCAAGGCUAGCAGGACUCAUGGGUUCUAUUCCCAGCAACUCCCUUCCCCUCCCUGUGCCUCGGUUUCCCCACAGCAGAGAUUGCUUUGAAAUCUUUGGGUAAGCACUGUAUGUGCAAAGAGAUCUUGGUUUCUUGCUGGGGAUGCUGCCUCCACCCAUCUAAAGCGCUCCAUCUCCCCCCCCUCCCCUCCCCUUUAUGAUGUCCUCUGGCUAGCUCAUGUUCCUGCCCUUACUGGGUUUGAAGAUCUAGGGACAGACCCACUCCUUAGCACAUGCAUGUCUCAGCCUGGGGAUCGCUUUGGUCGUUCCAGAUCCCCCUGCAUGCAUCCGCUUAGGGCUAGCACACCCUGCCUCCAUUUGCUUUUUAGUAGCUGUCUUCAGUUGCCAGAGACGAUGGCAUAGGAAUCCAUUGCACUGCUGAAUAGUCAGCUUGAGCUGCUUUCUCUCCUAGGAGCAGACUCGGGGCAGAACGUGGUCACCCGCUGGGGCCAGGAAUUGCACCCCCAUUGGUACAGCAUUGGGUAAUGCCUUCCCUCGAUGUGGGAUACAGAACUAGGUGGACCACUGGUGUGUGAGAGAAGUGAUAGAGAGACCCUUUCAUUCCCCCAGCAGCACGUCUGGGAGGUGAAGGGGGAGCAUCAGAAAAAAACAGCCGACAGGGUAACCGUCUCCCUCUGGCAUCUGUCCAUGGCAGAUUGAGGUAAGGCAGAAAGACCUCCCCGAUGAGUGUUUGAGCCUGUGUUUGUUGGAGACGAUGCUGCGAGCAGGGGAGUGGGGUACUGGGGGGAAUGGUGUAGUGGUUAGAGCAGGGAGAGUCUACCCCUAUGAGUUUGUAGACAGAUCACUUCCCCUGCCUGCUUCAGUUUCCCCAUGUGUGACUGAGGGAGCAUUUCAGUGCCUGGAGAGCCUCUAAUGGAAAGGGCUGUAGAAGCACCAUUGCCAUUCAGCCCGGGCUCAAAGGUCAGACUCCUUCCAUCCCCUAACCAUGGGAGUGCGGCGUCAUGUGCCCCAAGAACAGAAUUUGGAAGAGCCCAGCAGCUCAGGGGAAGCCGCUCUGAGCGUCCAAUCAGAACGGUCUGGAUCUGGCCAUGGGAGAGCAUUAGGGAGCAAGUCUUAGUUCCAUAAGCAUCCAAAGAGGGGGCGCGGUAUCUGCUUUCAGCACAGUUCAUGGACAGACAUUUGUCAGCCUGACUUCUGAGCCAUCCUGUUGGGACUAUCAAGUCUGCUGACUCAACAGAGUCCUUGGAGCUGGCACCUCUGAGUUUAAAUCUGUUCAUUUUACGCUGAAGGCCACCUGUUACCCAAGCUCCUCCAGGCCAAGGGGAAACCAAAGAGCAGGAUGCAAAGACCCUAGAUCCUUUUAGAAACUCAGGCAGGAGGGGCUAGUGAAUCUAACUCGCCCAUCUAUUCUAGAUUGACCCUAUCCCAAAGAGACCUUACAUUAAGGUAACCCCCAGACCAGGAACUCUGUUGGCCUCAGCUGACAUGUCAGGGGAAGAGCAGGAUUUCUGGAGGACCCACCAAGCAUCCUGCUAGCAGAGGUGAAAGAUGACUUGAGGGAUUCCCCGAAGAUCUCCCAGUCUCUUCUCUCUAACUGUGAGCCUUAAACACCCAGGGGGAAUCCAACCUGAGAUGAAGCAGGAGGUAAGCGCUUUUGUCCCCCCUUCCCUUUCACUCGCACUCCAAGAGGAAGGAACAGUGGUGUGCUUCUGUCACAGACAGCACAAGAUCUAGGUUCUGUUCCCUGGUUCUGGCACUGACCUCAGGGCAAGUCUGUGGAUCUCAUCUAUAAAAGGGGCAAAGGUUGAUUCAUGUUUGGUUAAGAUCUCCACUGGCUGGUGCUGAGUCAAGUAGUAUUAGAAAUCCCUGCCACAGAGAGGUUGUGUUCUGAAAGCACAUGCCUCCUGCCUUACUGGGGUAAUCUAGUUUAGGUCUUUAUAUGGUUCCCAUAGUGAUUUGAUCACUGUCUGCAGCUGGGGUGGAGAUUUGAGAGUAGAGCAGUCUUUAAUCUCACAGACAAAGGCAGAACAAGAGCCAAUCGGUGGACGUUGAAGCAAGCCAAAUUCAGACUGGAAAUAAGGCAAAUUUUUAACCCCAAGAGGAAUUAGCCAGUGGACCUAGGGACAUUGUGGAUUCUCCAUCGCUUGGAGUCUUUAAGUCAAGACUGGCUGUCUUUCCUAAACCUGCGCUGUAGCUCACACAAAUUACAGGCGUGAUGCAGGAAAAGGGAUUCUCUGACCUGUAGUAUGCAGGAGGUGAGCAUAGAUGAUCAGAAUGGGCCCUUUUGGUCUUAAAAGCAGUGAAUCAUUUCCGCAGUAUGUGAGUGCCUCGGUUUUGAAUAGAUUUAACUUCCCAAUACCUCUGUGAGGCAGGGCAGCACUGUUCUCCCCAUUUUACAGAUGGGGAAACUGAGGCACAAAGCAACUAAGUGACUUGGCCAAGUUCACACAGGCAGACUGGCAGAGCAGGGACUCAAACCCAGGUCUCCUGACUCCUGGUCCAGCACUUGAGCCUUAAGAUCAUUCUUCAUCUUCUAAGUUAUGUAACAUUAGGGUUGCCUGCCUGAAGAAAUACAGGCCCUUGGCUCUGGUUAGGUGGCCCUACUAGUGCCAGGAGCCCAGGCUGAAUACAGGGUGAAUGUGCUCUAAGGUGAACAUACAGAUCUAGGGCAGCCGACAGUUCCCAGCUUCAAUUCCUUGGCGCUACUGCAUCAAAAUGUGUGCGCUCUCCUCUUCCUCAUCAACCCGAACAGGAAGGGGCAGACUGAGGUAAACCCAGCCCUUUGGCACAACAGCCCACCCACAAAGUGAGCCGUGUGUGGAGUGGCCUGGUUGCGACGAGGACUGAAAGGAAGCCUGGAGCUGGGGAGCCUCCAGCUGAAAUUCUCUUCUCUUCUUACUCUCUCCUAGAGCAGAGCGGAUUGGGCCUUCUCUCUGUCUCUCUCUCUCUCCCUCCCAGCCCAACUCCACCAUCCCUUGUUCUGCGAAAGCAGCGAGCUCCGUCCCCGCCACAGUGCUCUGGAUGCUGUCGGAAGGCUCCCUGCUCGGUGAGAUUCUCCACACCUCCUGGCUGCUGGGUAACGGGCGACAGGGAAGCAAACGGCCUUGGCCCCGCUCUGCCCUCUGGCUGGGGAGAGCUGCAUGGAGCUAGGAGCUGGGAGAGGUCUUUCCCUGCGAUCAUGAUUGGUGCUUGGGGUGGGAUUGAUCUUUCAAGGUGUUGAGAACUCAUCCCCUGGUGGGCGGGAUGCCGGCUUGUAGGGCUGGCUUGGUUUGCAUCAUGGGCAGCUUUCUCCAUCUAGGGGUGUUGGGACAGGAGGGAAUUCUCUGGUGUAAAGACCCAGGUUGUCCCCAUUUCCUCCUGGGUGAUAUGAUUCGUCCUGCAGCCUUUGGUUUGGGUGUGACUGGUGAGGGCAGCUUUGCAUCUUCGCUCUGUACCAAGGCAAUGCAGAUUUGGCUGGGCCUCUUCUCUGCCUCAGAAAGAUCUCUGAACCGCUGCUUCUGGGUGGGAGUCACCUUGCUUCCUUGUCUAACCCGGGGCCUUGACCGACACCACACCUUCCACAGCUUCCCUCCUUGAUCCCUGCCCCCUGACGUGGGGGGUCCCGCAACAGAGAUGGGGCCAGCAGAGCUCGUAUGUGGGAUGAGAACGGAGGCAUCUGUACCACCGGGUACCUCCAGCAAUAGUCUCGACUCCCUGUUAAUUGCAAUUGGCUCCAGCAGAGAAGGAUGGAGUGCGGGGACUGCAGGCUCCUCUGCAUUGGAUGAGCAUGGUGAAGCUGCUCCUGAGGUUGGUAGGUGUGUGUGUGAGGCCAAGGGCAGGGGUAGAAGCCUAGGGCUCGGUGCUUUGUGGGUUGGAACAGUGGAAUACAUUACUUUCCUAGGGGGCUCUGAGCAGCAGUAACUAUAAGCCGCUCUCAUUCAGAGAUCUGGGUUAAACUUGACCACAGGAGCUACAUGAGAUGGGUUGUGUUUGUUUUGCGGCUCCCCAGUGGACUAAACCACCCCACAAGCGGGCUAGAUUGGCAGUGUCAGCUCAGGAGAAGCCCAGGAAUGAACUAGUGGAGGUGGAGGGUGUUGCUAGAGGACAUAAUUGGGGGCCAUUGGCUGCUGUGUGUGAGAGGAGUCUGGGGGUGGCGUAGCAGGGGUGGGUAUUGAGGAGGAUCAGCAGAGUUGGAAGAGGAAGCCAGGGGACUGUGGGUCAGGAUUGAGAGGGACCUUGACAGAACUGUGUAGUGGGGGAGUUGGGUUGGGAUAGCUGGACAGCUGUGGGUUGGGAUUAAGGAACAUUGGCAGAGCUGGGGGGUGGGGGUGGAGGGUGUGAAGCAGAGCCCAGCCUGGGAUAGUAUGAGGGCUGCGGGCCAGGAUUGAGGGGAAUCAGCAGAGCUGUGUGUGGACCCAGAACUGGAUUGCCUGCUAAUUCUGUGCAGCUGGUGCUAAGUUGCCGUGACAUUUUGCAUUGGAACUCUUGUCAGCACUAGGGGCAGCCCCCUCUGCAGAACCCUAGCAUCUCUGAGAGCAGUUGGCUUCUGCUGUAUCAGUGACCAUUGGUUACCUGGCUCCAGCCCUUAUCCGAGGUCCAAACUGCGCUUGAGUGAAAUGUGCUGCCCUGGCAUAGGGCUCUGGGAUUGAUGGGUGGCACCUAGUACAGCAUCACAAGGGUAGGGGCUGUAGAGGCAAGGUUUGGGACUAAUAAACAUCCUUGUUUAAGCAGCA